UCAAGCGACGGCUAUCCGUCGCUAAAGCAAAAAAUAAAUACAGGUGUGACUAAUGUGAGUCCCCCUUCAUAAAAGCCGCCAACGAAACCCUUUUAUAUACCCUUCCCACCUCCCACCAAAAGCCCCCACCCUCCUUCUCUUUCUCUCUCUAAAACUAUACAUAUAUACACGCAUGCUGUACGUAUAGGUGCAGCCAUGGCACUCAGCUACACGAGCAUGGGGCCGGCGUACCUUUUCAGAAGUGAGACCGGGUACACGGAGUUGGAGAAGAGGCAGCUGUUCUUGAGAAGCUACCAGUUCUCGAGGAAGCAGAGUGUGGCUGAGAGGAUCAAGAAAUCGUUCUUCAGAGUGAAAAAGGUGAUGUGGGUUCGGUUCAGAUCGGCCAGAAAGCUGAGGAAGAUGCUGUGGUUGAAGCUCAAGAAUGGCCUCUUUUUCACCACCAGGAGAAGAAGGUUGUUCCUGCGUCUGCAUAACACUAGCUACGGUUUUUGCCACGGUUCUUCAAAGGGAAGUUCGUGGCAGUCUUCUUGUUUAUGGUAGGAUCGAUGAUUUCCUUUUUUUUCUUUUUUUCCAUUUUUAAGUAAAACUGUUUGAUUUGGGAUUUCAGUGUAGUAACUUAUUAUAUGUAAAACUUGGCUUAAAGUAUGAGUUGUUUCUCGUGCUGGUCUUGUUUAUACAUUUGCGACGGAUGUUUCUUGGGAAGAUUUGUUUGUGUAUAGGGUUUGAAUGAAUUUUUGGUGGUGGUGGUGCUGCUGCUGCUGAUGAUGAUGAUGGGAAUUCCUGUAGUAUAGCCAUGUAUAUAUGUUAGUUGCAUUAAUGGGGCUAUUUUUUAGAGGUAGAC